AUGGCCAAACACACUCUCGAUACAUACUUUGUAUCCUCGACGACGCCGAACAAAAAAGCACGCAAAGCUGCUAAUGAUUCGAUCCAAGAACUGGCAGAUACAGACAACAACUCCCCCCCGAGAGCUGUGAUAGGGACGACAAACCACCCCACAUAUCCCUGGCCGAUCCCUCACCUGCCCGUCCACGUCGUGUCGGAAAUUGAACUGCUCGUCACGGCCCAGGGCAGAGAGAUCCGGGACCAGCCACACCUGGACCUGGUGUACUUCCAGCCGUUCAUCCCGCGAUCGAUCGAACGAGACGUGUUCAAUUUCCUGCGCGCCGAGCUCUUCUUCUACCGUGUCAAAUACACCAUCAAGCGGUUCGGCAAGGAGACCUUGGUCAACACCCCGCGCUUCACCACCGUGUUCGGCAUUGACGAGACGAGUCGCUUCGUGGACGGUGAUGACAAUGACGGGUCGCGGUCGCGCAUCGUCGAGGCGUCGGACCCGUCAAAGCCAGUGCGCAGGGACAAGUAUAAAUGCCGACCACGGCCGAUCCCGGAGUGCUUGGAUCUGCUCCGCAGAGUGACCGAAGCCAACACCAACACCCAGUACAACUUCUGCCUGGUGAAUUACUACGCCUCCGGAAGCGACAGCAUCUCGUUCCACAGCGACGACGAGCGUUUCCUCGGCCCCGAACCCGCCAUCGCGUCGUUCACGCUCGGCGCAAAGAGGGAUUUCCUGAUGAAGCAUAAACCUCCCCGGGACGGCGAGCCGAAGCUGGAGACCAAGGACAUCAAGUUGCCCCUGGCCAGUGGCGACAUGAUCCUGAUGCGAGGCCCCACGCAGUCGAACUGGCUACACAGCAUCCCGAAGCGAAAGGGCGGCGAGGCCAAUAGAGGUCGAAUCAACAUCACCUUGCGCCGGGCCAUGGUGGGAUAG